AUGACUACCCAUCACGACAGCACUCCCAUGGAGAUCGACGUCAACAGCACCGGUCUUGCAUCCCCUGCUGGCACUGACCUUAGCCCCAAUUCGCCAGGCAAGAGCGACUCUGGCAAGAGCGACAGCAGCACGUCUUCAUACACGGAUGACUUCGAAACCCUACCUUCAAGUGGCCCACCCAGUCAUGCUCACAUUCUCGAUCUUGCCGAGUAUGCUGCGUCAAUGACAAAAGACGGCGCACUGAAGCUCCAAGAUGCCGUUGUCACCGCUCUAUACAACAUUUCGCCGGCGACGCUCAAGUCGUUCGUUAACCCCACGGUCAACACCUUCAAGGCUGUAUUCGGUAAGAAGGACGUUCAGCUUGUCGUAUGGCGCAAGGGUCUUGAAGUCUUCAUCGGCACAUUCGAGCAUCAUACCUCCAUGAAGGCCUACCGUUUCCAGCACGUCGCCGGAUUCCUCAUCGGUUACGAUGGAUCUUGGCACCUGAAGGUUACUGCCAGCAACGCGUACUCCGCUCCAAAGUGGCCCGAUGUAUGGGCGGGCAAAUUCGAGUGCCAUGGUGGAGUUGCUAAGAUGACCAUCGAGACCGAAGAGAUAGAGAUGGCAAAGCGCGCCUCGGCAUUGGCGACUGCAAUGAUUGGUGGCAGAUAUUGGGAGUUGAAGACGGAUGUCAAGAUGACUUGA